CUCCUUGGGACGGUAAAGGGGUCUGCAAACAUGACCAAGAAGCGGCGCAAUGGAGGACGCAACAAGCACGGCCGCGGCCACGUGAAGCGCGUGCGCUGCGAGUCGUCCGCCGCCAUGGUGCCCAAGGACAAGGCCAUCAAGCGCUUCAUCGUGCGCAACAUGGUGGACGCCUCGGCCAUCCGCGACCUGCAGGACGCGUGCGCCAUUGACGGCUACGCGCUGCCCAAGAUCUACCGCAAGGUCUACUACUGCGUGUCUGCCGCCAUCCACUCCAAGAUUGUGCGCGUGCGGUCGGUCAAGGACCGUCGCAACCGCGAGCCGCCCAAGCGCCCCGGCUUCGGCCCCCGCCCCCCCCAGAAGUGAGGGGAAGCGCAGCAGCAGCAGCAGCAGCUGAGGAGCGGCAGCCCUGGCGUGAUGCACGCACGGCUGGCCGCGAGGAGUCAGCUCGCGCAGGUGCCCUGGUGGACGCGCCCGGCUGGCAGCGCCUCUGGAGGCCUGCUGCCUUCCUUUGGUUGGCGUCCACUGGGCCCUGUGUAAUUCACAGCAAAGAUU